AUGCGUUUCUCGACUGUUUUCCCCAUCCUGGCAUCCGGCACCAGCAUCCUGGCCGCAGCUAUCGCUCCGUCCCAAUCCAACACCUGCUUCGACAUGAACAAGGGAACCUGCCUCGGCCACAACGCCAAUGCCACCGCGGCUCUCGUCGCUAUCACCAACGCCUGCGCAAAAGUCUCCGCAUGCACGCCGGGCCAGACGGGCCAUAGACGUACGACUGUCACCGGCAUCGUCAAAGGCUUCCCGUACACCGCGACUCUCUACGUGGGCGAUCAGUGUGGUGGAGUGGCCACCUGGAGCCAGGAUGCAUGCGUCGGACUGUUCAAGGACUUCGUUGAUACAAGGUGCGAGGCGCAGUACCCGGCCGGCGAUGACUUGUUCGAACUCGGGUAUCAGCGCGCGACGUGCGAUCAGAGCUUCGUGUCCUUCAACUUUGGAGGUUAG